UUAGCUAUAUGUGAGAAUUGUAUAUGUUAUAAUGAAACACAAUAAUUGAGUAGUUAGAGUUGGAUAAUAUUGGUUGAAGUAGGUCCAUUACGGAUCCCCACAUUUCAACAUUUUAUUAAUAUAUGUUGUUGCUAUGUACAAUAAACCUAAUUAGUUAAGCACAUAAACAUUUGUUGCUAAUUAGUCAAUAGUUUACCAUGUGACUUCUUCUCUUCUUCCCAACCACCCACAUCAAUCCACUCCCCACACAUGUCACCCCCUUAAACCCUUACAAUUAAUCAAAACAUCUACUUCAAAAUUAUAUUUGACCCUCUUUAUAUUAUUAAUCAUUUGGAUCAAACCAAUCUUUGAUAAGCUCCAUUAUACAAUUUGGGUUUUCAUUUUUCAGAAGGUAUGAACAUGGAGUAGACCGAACCAAAAUCGAAAGGGUAAAGAUGAGAAUAACUAGAGUCAGAAUUUAUCAGUUUUCGGUUACAUUUUAAUGUUGAUAGUAGUGGCUAGUGGUAGGAAAUAAGGCAUCUCAAUCAAAGUGCAAAAGAACCUACCAAUGCCUUACUAAUGCAAAUGUGAUUAUUAUUCCCCACCCCUCUUAGUCAAAUAUCAACUUGCACUAAAAUGGCUUUGGUUGUUGCCAAAUCAAGUGUUGGAGAAAAGCCAAAUGAAAAGAAUAGGAAUUUAGCUUAGCUUGGAUUACAAGGGAUCCUGCAUCAUUUAAUAACGUUUAAUCCCAUAGAUUAAUUGUGGCGACAAUGAUUACCCUUUACCCAUAUUCUAAUAUAGUAAUUUAUUCCUUCUUAUGCGUGAAUUGUGUUCAAGAAAGGCACCAUGUCUCUUUUGCUUUUAAUUAAGAUUACAUAAUAAUUCUCAUGAAGAAGAUGACAUAUUAAUGAUAUAGAUAUAAUUAGCGUGCACAUAAUACAUUUGUAACAAUCUUUUAUGGGUGUCUCAACGAAUGAGAAAAUGAUUAUGUAUGCACUUUGAAACUAGGAUGACCAGAUUCAAAGUUAGAUACCAUGACUUCUCGCCGCGCCGACUUCAUUAUACGAGUUUUGUCUUCGCUAAAUCACUUGCUUGCACUAGAAACAACCAUGUAUGUUAGAGAUUCAUAUGAUAAUUUGUCUUUUUUUUUCAUUAAAAAUAUAUCUUGUUCAAUUGAAUGUCAUUAUCACUUCUUAUCGACAUAACAAUCAAAUAGCAUAGUUGUCAAGUAUCAAAUAAAAUGAGGUUUUCGUCUGAAUUGAAUUUAGAUUCUCGAUAUCGUCUCUCCAUUUUCUUUUUUUUUUCUUUAAAUAUCUAGUUUUGAUGAGUUUUCAACAAAUGAUCUCUACAUUAACAAGACAACAUUAAAUUCGUAUAACAAAAUUUUUACUAAUAGUAUGCAACUAUGGAUUUGUAAAAACCAAAAGAAAUACUAGUACGAAUCAAUUGGUCUCUUUCUUUCCCCGCUGUCUAUCAAUGGAGAAAGAAAGGCCAAGAAAUAUCAUAAAGCCCAAAUUACAAAAGGCAAGAAAUUGAUAGUGCAGCGAAACGAGUCUCUCAUAAAUCAUAAUCAUAACCAGCCACCUUAUUGUGAUGGUAUGUCUUGUCCGUUUCACAGCUUUCAUUUUGAGUACUCGCCCGUGCUUACACACAGAUUUGCUUCUUCCAAUCCCCGCGCCCCUCUUUCUCGUCCUUCUUCAUACCUUCUUGUCCAUUUCCGUUUGGCCUCAACAACUCCCAAUUCCUGCUUUCCCUCCCUCCAUGGUGCUUCCCACUUGCUAACCCUCUGCUUCAGCUCAGCUGCUUCUUGAAGGUACCCACUUUUCUACUCUGUUCCAGUUUUCAUGCAUGGGUUUUGGUUUUCCUUGUCGAUUCCGAAUUCCUUCCAUGGCUUCGUUUUUCUUGUUUAUUGGGGGGAAUUUUGUGGUGGGUUCUCUGAUUUUCCCCUGCUCUUGUCUCAAAUGGGCUCUCUUCUUCUCCUCUGUAGCUCUCUCAUAUCUGUCUGUCCUGUAGAGUUGAUAACAGUUGAAUUGUGGGGUUUUGUUUUUGUUGGGGCUAUGGACCAUUUUACUCUUUUUUUUCUGUAGUUAAUUGGUGGUUGCUUUCCAUGUCAUUAUUCAACUGAUAGCAGAUCGGUGUAAGCUCAAACGUGCCAAUCAUGGAGUCCUCUAACUCUAAGAAUCAUCAUGUGGAAAAAUCGCCUCUUCUCAAAGAGGUUGCUGAUUUGGAGACACAGUUUCUGGGGAUGAUCCACUCAUCCAAGGUUUUAUGGCAUUCUGAGGUUCAACUCCAGUAUAAAAAAAUAUGUUCUUGUUAUGAGAAGCUUCUUGUUCUUGGUGAUCACAAGCUGGAAGAGCUUCAAGAUGUUGAGUACUCUCUAUGGAAGCUCCACUACCGCCUUAUUGACGAGUUUCGCAAGAGAUUGAGACGAAUUCCUGAUAAUGGAGAACCUACUGCUGAAUCAGUUGACGGGUUCAAGUCAUUUCUAUCGGUAGCAAGUUUAUAUUACCAGAAUUUGAUUCUUAACCUUAGGAAAAACUAUGGCCUCCAGGAGAGCUUUACUUUAGGUAGUAGAAAUGGUGGAAUGCAGGACAAGAAGCUUCAGUUUUUGUGGCAUCGGUUUCUAGUUUGUCUAGGGGAUCUUGCUAGAUACAAAGAACAGCAAUGUGAGAAAUCGGGUCAACCAAACUGGUCCGUUCCAGCUAGCCAAUACUUGCAAGCUACAUUGGUUUGGCCUUUCAAUGGCAACCCUCACAAUCAGUUGGCAGUGUUGGCUACAUAUGUUGGAGAUGAGUUCCUAGCUUUGUACCAUUGCAUAAGGAGCUUAGCUGUUAAAGAACCUUUCCCUGAUGCAUGGAAUAACCUUCUCUUACUAUGUGAAGAAAACAGGUCAUCUCCAUUAGCUUCCAUUUCUAGUGAUGCAGAUUUUGAUUUCUUGAAACAAGCAUCUAGUGGCCAAAUGACAUCAGAUUGCAAAGUCAUGAAAGAACAAGAGGAGGAAUCCAGUAAUGGAGCGAAUUUGUGGGUUCUUAUUAUUAGAGUCAUAAGCUUCUUCCUUAUCGAUUCCAGUUUGGAGGAGUUUCCUAGUACUUUUGCAUCUACCAUCAAGGAGCUGGAAACAUUACUCUCAUUAGAUGAUACUAAGCUGAAAGCUACCAUGGAAUCCUAUCACUAUAUGGAUUCAACUAGAACGGAACCUUUCCGAACACUUCAAGUCGUGUGCAUACUCAUCUUUGUGAUUGAGCAUCUCAAAAACAGAAAGGAAGAAGUUAAGGAGUCAAUGCAAUGGGCAUUGACUUCUGCAUUCAUGAUAAUGGGACGCCUCGUGGACAGAUGCUCGAAGGCCACGCCUUCAUCCUCGUGCACCCUGUCACCAGCUGUACUCAUUUUUAUCGAGUGGUUAGAAACCACCUUUGGGGACGUUGAAAAAUAUGGCUCGGAUGAUAGGACCACUGUGACCAUAGCCAUAUCUUACUUCUUCAGCUCUUUGCACGAGCUACUGAAGAAGCUGGAUGCUGAAAAGAAUGAAGGUGAUGAGUGUGAAUUCAAUCGUCCUCUGUGGGAAGACCAAGAGUUGAGAGGGUUUGCGCCUAUAGCUCCUUCUUGUGCUGCAUUAGAUUUUUUCUCAACUCAUCAUCAAGGCCCGGCAGACAGUUUUGAGAGUGGGAAACGAAUCCGUGCUUGUAGAAUAAUCAAUGCUGCCAAGAAGAUUUCUGAGAGAUCUAAUGGUGACCAGAACUGGUUCACCUAUGACUCUUGUAGACAGACAAUUGAUGCAGAAGAAGGUAUAGCAUCAGUUGCUAGCACAGACAAUGGCACAGCUGUGACGGAUGAGAAAUCAAGUAACCAUAGGGCAAAUGGGAAAUCUGCGGCUGGCUUUUUAGAUGAGGAAGAAGUCAUUCUUUUCAAGCCUCUCACUAGACAUAACUCUGAACCUAUAUACAAGAGCUCGGGCGACAGUUUCGAAGAUCCCAUGUCGCCUUCAGGGGAAGCUGGGAACCAGGUAGUAGCUGCUGAUGAGUGUUUGAGACGUGCAACUUCCCUACUGAUGGCACAAAAUCAGGCUCAAGGUGAUAACAACAACAAUGGGUUUUCUUUCCAUUCAGACCUCACUAGUUUCAGGCGAAACAACAACAACAACUUCCAGCAGCCUAUGAAUGACACACUUACCAGCAUGUUCUCAGAGCCUUCUAUCUCCCCUUCAUUCGGCUCCACCAUCGCAGCAGGUCCUCCCUCACUCAAUGCUUGGGUCUCACCUUCCUCGUUCAGCCACGAGAAAGCAAGAGGGAAAACUGUCAAGCAAACUUUAGCACCCAUUGAAGAAGCAGUUGCAGCAUCUUCAUCAUUGCGCGAGCUCUCUCUCAGUGAACCAGAGGAAAAUACUGCCACCAUCUCAGGCCAUUCGCCUUACUCAUCUCCACUUCCUUCAGCACCAUUUCUGCCUGAUGAUGAUGAUGGUGCCACCUGGCUUAGAAAUGGUAACAUUCCAAUACUGCCACCGCCUCAUUUCUCGGAUCAUCAGCAAACAUCAGCUGGCUUCUCGAAUUGGAAUGGUCCUCCUCAGGAUUACACUUACUAUCCUCCUGGAUUCACAUACCCACCACCACAACAACAGCGUAGAAUGACUUCUGCCGAGUGGCUGAGGCAAUACAGGGAGAACAACCCUAGGGCCAAUGAUCAUAUGUGGCAGCCCCCGAGUUAUGCUAGUCACGUUAGUCCUGACCAGCAAUGGGGGAUUCCACCGCCAUUGGUUUAUGACCACCCGCCAUUGAUGAUGCAGAUGGGGUUCCCUCAAGUUCAUGGUUACUUACCAAGCAGGCAGGGGUUGUAUGGGGAGAGUCCUUCGUUGUAUGAGCCGGAGCCAGAGCCACUGUUGCAGUAUCUUAAGGAGAAAGAGUGGCUGAUCCACCAUUAAGAUUCAAACUUUAGAGGACCCUCGUUCAUGGGUAGCUAGAGCUAAAUACUUCACCUGAAUUCGAGUAAAUUUGUGUCAAUGAGAUCUUAGUUGUUAGUUGGUAAAUGAAAGAUUAUGUGCGUACGUAUUCAUGCAUGUAUCUAUGUAUACCAGUAUAUGUUAUGAAGGAAGAGGUUCAGAAAACUGAAGAACGUAGAAGUAGUAGAAGAAUGUCUUCUUUCCGUUCAUGUUGGGACAUGCCUUCUUGAGCCAUGCGACUAGGGAUGGCAACAAAACCCAAACCCACGGGUAUCCACCCGACUCAAGCCGGUCAACGCGGGUAAAACCCGUGUUGACGGGUUUUGGGCCGGGUUUGGGUUUAAACCCACUACACUAUUCACCGGGUUGAAGUUUGGGUUUAGGUAAACCCGCACCAUGGGUACCCGCCCACACAUAUAAUUACUUUCCCGGUAUAUUUAAUAUUCUAAAUAAUAUAUCUUCUUUAAACAACUAAUAUUAUUUAUGUUUGUGGAGACAUACAUAAUUUGAUCUUUCUAAUUAUUUAGAAUGAAGUUGAUAUUAUGGA